AUGAUGCACCCAGCGCGACAAGCAUAUGUGGAGGAAACAGAGGACACGGACAUGGGCAUCAGCUAUGCUGAUCUGCCGAUGGACCAAGACUAUGAUAUGCCUUCUACUGCAGCGGGAAUCCCUACCGAGCGGGCCUCUGCCAUUCUGUCGCAGUUCGAACGGAAACGGAGAGCAGCGGCGAUGGUGGUUCCAACAGACGAUACGAGAGUGCGCGCACGACUCAGAGAGCUCGGAGAGCCGAUUACGCUGUUUGGAGAAGGGCCUGGAGAUCGGCGCGAUCGUUUACGUGAAUUGUUGACCGAUAUGGCCGAUAGACAAGGUGGAGGCGAUGUUGAAAUGGAAGAACCCGAGGAGGAGGAAGGAGAACAACAAGAGGAAUUCUACACAGAGGGUGGAAACGCAUUGCUCGAAGCACGGAAGGAUAUUGCCCGUUAUUCAUUGCCACGCGCAAAAGCACGUGUGGCCCGACUCAAAGAGGAGUCAACCGUCCCACUUCGAACACACGUCAAGCAUCGCAAAGCUGUCAGGGAAAAACUACAAGGGUUCGAUCUGUAUGGGUCACAGAUUGCUGGCGAUCGCCCAGUCAGCAUCUGCCGAUUCUCGCCGGACGGGAAGACCAUCGCUGCUGGAAAUUGGAGCGGUGGGAUCAAAUUGCUCGGUGUGCCUAAUCUGGAAGAAACGGCGAAUCUCAAGGCGCAUACGGAUCGCGUCGGUGGUUUGUCGUGGUUCCCCGGCGCUACUAUCCCCAGCUCCAAUGUCUCACCGUCGUCUGUCAAUCUAAUGUCCGGCGGCGGCGAAGGAGAUCUCCACCUAUGGGCCCUUGACCAAGAUAAGCCGCUUGCUACGUUAUCUGGCCACUCUGGCCGUGUAUGCCGAUCUGAGUUCCACCCUUCUGGUCGAUAUGCAGCAUCCGCCUCCUUCGACACCACGUGGCGUCUGUGGGAUAUCGAAACGACAACCGAGCUACUACUGCAAGAAGGCCAUUCACGAGAAGUUUAUACAGUAGCUUUCAACAAUGAUGGCUCUCUCGUGGCAAGUGGCGGGUUCGACAGCAUCGGGCGUAUCUGGGAUCUACGCACAGGACGUACUGUGAUGAUCCUGGAGGGCCACAUUCGUGAAAUCUUCGCUAUGGACUGGGGUGUUGAUGGCCACCGAGUGCUAUCUGGUUCUGGCGAUGGAUGGGUCAAAUGUUGGGACUUGCGACAAGUGAGGAACACAGGCGGAAUCGGUGCACACAAGAGUGUGGUAUCGGAUCUCCGCUGGUAUAAGGGUGCAGAGGCUGCCUCGUUCUUGCCUACGACAAAUGGCAGCCAGAUGGACAUUGAUAGCGCUUCACCAGCAGCCGACAAACCAGCAGAAGGACCACAACCCAAGAAAUCAGGUACAUUCUUUGUGAGCAGUGGGUUCGACAAGAGUGUCAACGUUUUCAGUGCGGAUGACUGGUCCCUAGUGAAGUCGCUGAGCGGCCACUCGGGCAACGUUCUGAGCACAGAUAUCAGUCACGAUGCACAGUGGAUUGCUAGCUGUGGUCAUGAUCGCACGGUGAAGCUUUGGGGUAUUGAAUGA